UAGGAAAAAGAGGUCAUUACUGUAAUCUUUUACCCCAAAAUGUUAAAGAAACCCUUGGGAUUGCAAAUUUCAAACCCCCUAAAGGGAUUUGCAAGUUGCCAUCACUAAAUAACUAAGUUUUCCCUCCUCAUUUCUCUUCUGUAGAAUCUAAAUACAAAUUGAGGGGCUUUGUUGCUGGAAGAAAAGGAGAGAGGAAUGACAUGCAAGAUGCACAUGUCAUCUUUGAUGAUUUUACUGAAGAGUUCACUAACCGGCCUGUUGGAAUUUCGAGGAUGUGUUACUAUGGAGUGUUUGAUGGACAUGCUGGCCACAGAGCAGCACAGUUUGCAGCCGACCAUUUACACAAGAACAUCAUACUCAAGUUUCCAAAAGGAGAAACUGCAAAUAAAGACAGGGAGAUAAAGAAGUGUUUAACAGAUGCUUACAAAAAGACUGAUGAGGAAUUUCUAUUGGAAGCAUCAAAGGCAUCACCAGUGUGGAAGGAUGGAUCAACUGCUGUCACAGCACUCGCUGUGGAUGAUGUUUUGUAUGUUGCCAACCUUGGUGAUAGUAGGGCUCUGCUCUGUCGGUGUGGUGACAAUGGUAAGACAUCUGUAGUUUCUCUCUCCAAAGAUCAUUCCCCAUCUCAGUAUGAGGAGAGGAUGAGAAUACAAAAGGCAGGGGGGACUGUCAGGGAGGGCCGUGUUCUUGGUGUGUUGGAAGUGUCACGGUCUAUCGGAGACGGCAGAUUCAAGAGAUGUGGCGUGAGUUGUGUCCCGGAUGUUAUGAGAUGCACCCUUACAGAUAACGACAGAUUUCUACUUUUAGCAUGCGAUGGUCUUUGGAAGGGAUUCACUGUGGAUUCAGCUCUGAAGUUUAUCAACAAUAUACUGGAGAACGAAGAAAGUGAAGAAACCGUCCUAGAGACAGAUCGCGGCACGGAAGAUGUCCAAAUCGAUCCAGUCUCCGCGCGGUUCCAAGACGCAUGUAACAAAAUCGCCAGUGAAGCCAUUAGAAAUGGAAGUUCUGAUAACGUAACAGUCAUGUUGGUAUCCAUUACAAAGCAGUGAACUCAUCCAGCCCCACAUCGCUUAACCCGAGUGGUGAUGGAAGCCGGUCAAUUUGCUUUCGCCUCCUUCCCUCCUGGACACGUGCGCUCAACGAAAAAAGAAAAACGAGACGAGACGAGCUUGACUUACAGCCUACGGGAAGAGAUGGAAUCGAACUUUUGCAAGUCUGCGCUAUUUAUGCUAUUUCUAAACUUUCGCGUUUCGUAUUGAGAAGGGAGUUUAAGUAACCACAACGGCAACGUCGAGGACAACGUCGAUUAAAAAAUCUCGCGGUAUUUACUUUAUCA